AUGCUCACGAUGCGCGCGUCUGAAAAUGACGUGUGUUGGGGAGGACAACAACGGUACAUGUUCAAGAAUCAGUCGAUCAAAGCGAUGCAAGCACAAAGCGGAGCAGAAAGCCAAUCAGAGCUUCAGCGGUCCUUUUCAUCUACUGGCAAUAGGGCUGUGUGGAUUGGGGAACCGACACGGGUGCCUAGCACUGACACGAGUAGAAUGGCAGCAGCCUUUGUAGCAGCAUUCCAGGUGACCGAUAUCCGAUAUGCUAUGGCCUACUAUGGACCUUUCCUGCGGGAUAUUCCACGGCGAUUGGGCAACAGCACCGUCCUUGAUUCAGCCGUGAGAGCCUUAUCAACCGCUUAUCCAUUACUUCACGCGGGAUCUUACUCACCGAAUGCACUCGUUCUCUAUGGACAAUCGCUGCGGGCACUGAGAGAAUGCUUGAACGAUCCAGUUGAGGCCCGAACUCCCAACACAUUAUGUGCUGUCUAUUUGAUUACCAUCUGCCAGCAGCUGAGCUGUCAUAAGAGCUGGCUAGGAAAACACGAUGAUUCGAUCACUAGUCACAGCGAAGCUAUCGCUCAUCUCCUCAGGGCUGCCGCGCUACGCGAGUGGAAGAGUACAUUUGAGAUGGAGCUGGUUAUUACACUCUGUGUGCCUAUAAUACUCGAAGGCAUUGUCAAUCCCCGUAUCAAGAUGGAUUCGGAAUUCUGGGAACUGGUCUCAUCCUUCAGACGUCGUCUAUCUGCCUCACGGGACAACAAUCAGUCACAAUCAACCACCGAGCUGCAACAUUUAGCCAUGUUUCCUAAGUUUGUCCAAGACCCCGAGCCACACCUUGCCGAAAUUGCAAAGACAUACAUGCAACUGAGACUCGAUGCACAACGAGUAAAACAACAUCUUGAUCAAUGUGCAGACGCUGUCCUUGUAUCUUUCUCAUCCUCUGAAGUUGCGAGACAUUGCCGUAUUCAAGCAGCUUAUGCCAUGCUCUCUACGCUGGCUGUGUUAUUGAACAGUCUUCUUCAAGUUUUCGAUCCCUGGAACGCUUCCUUGGUGAGUGAAGCUGUCUUUCUCUGUGAUGAGAUUACAACCCAAGCCGAACUGGCAUCUUGCUACCGGCCGGUUGGGGCAGGGUACAUUCCUCUAUGCUUAGUUGUUGCUUGGGCAGCAUCAGAUAAUCUAGUUCAGCUGGCAAGGAUAGAAGCGAUCCUUUCUGAAUACCAGUCUGAUUUUGCGGAAGUGCCAUGGAUGAGCCGUGCUAUCUGGUUAGCCUCUACCUUGGAUAGCCACCGCAUACGAGUCAUGUCUGGGAAGCAGUCUCCGGAAUCCUCUUUGGAAGCUGAUUCAGGAGGCAGUCAUGGUGCUGGUACCAAAAAGGCUUCAGUGCGCCCGGAGUCUUGCUGUAUCCUCUAG